ACAUAACCCCCAGGGUAGAGGUAAUAACACUUAAGGUUUUAUAGCUUGAUUUUAUAACACAGGCUCACUCUAUGCUCCAAUCUGACAUAGACAAUAUUUUACUUCAAGGGUGAAAAAUUCUAACAAAUGUGCAGUUGUGCAAUUGAUUAUGCAGAUAGAAAUAAAGCACAAUAAACCUGGGGCUUUUGCGGCCAAAAAAACAGUUGGGCAGUGAAUCCAGUCUUGGAGCAUUCCACAAAGAAAAACUGUUUUGGCCCACAUAUCACAUGGACAGUCCAAUCCUGUUUGCCAGAUCUGGGCCACAAGAAAACUAUAGCAAUACUGACAUGUCAACCAAAUAUGCCAAAGGUGGCCCUCAUUGUUAUGUGCUAUUUGAGCUUCACGUUCAUAUUACACCGUCAAAUGUUUUCAAAAAAGACCCACAUUUGUCUGGGGAUUUUUGGGCCACAUUUGGUAUUUUACAAGUAGGCAAAUUAAAGGUUCAGUGUAUAGAAUUUAGUGACAUCUAGUGGUGGUGUUGCAUGUUGCACCUGAAUACCCCUCUCCAUCCAGACAUGAAGAGAACCUGUGGUAGCCUUCAGUUGCAUAAAAACUGAAAAGGUGUUUUUACUUUGUCCAGUUUGGACGACAGUAAAAACAAUGGCGGCCUCCAUAAAGAGAAAACCAUAGUUCAUACAAUUUAGAUGUGACACACUCGUGAAAACAACUAGGAUUGUUUUAUAUUCAGUUUCUGCCAACAGAUUCCAUUCACCUAAAUCUCACACACCAAAUCUUUCAAGCUCACAUCCGUUUUGUCCGUGCUACAAGAAGGCCAGAUGUGCUGCAUCAUUGGCUGAAGUGCCACAUCUGUAUGCUAUCUGAGAUUGCACCUCUUUUUUUUUUUUUACUUUCCUCCUCAAACUUUGCUUCUUGCAUUGACAUACAAGUGUUUCAAGGUGGCAGUCGCUUGUUUCACACACACGGGUUGGAUAAAGUCAAAUACUUAAAACAGCAAUGUAGGUGACAUAAAAUUCCAUUACACAACCUGUUAUGAUUAGUGUUUUUUGCGUGUAAGUUUUUGUACAGCCUCCAAAAACUUCAUAUUUAUAUAUACAUUAAAAAAAACACACGCACACAUUGAAUUGUAUAAUGUGGUUCUGUUUGAUUGCAUUGCUCUGUAUUCCAGUGGCUGCACUCAGGGGGUUCAGGAGAAGCCUGGUUCUCGGUAAAGUCAACUUCACUACGUCCUUUCCUUAGUUAUGAAACUUUGCAGUUCAGGUUUUGUAACCGAGGCGCUCUGACCAAUCACAGCGCGACUCUGUGAGCACAUGACCGAGCUUUUUAUGUAACUGUCUGUGUCCGGUCGCUUCACUGACAUGGACCCGGUCAGUUCUGGAGAUGUGUCCCCGGGAUGGUGAGCAGACAAUCCUGUAGUUUGUAAUUCUCAUCCACGCUUCUAUAAUGUCGCUCCAGCCGCAGGUGGAGGACGCAGCGGAGGAGCGGAGCGCCUUCUUCAUCGGCGCUGAGUCGGAGCCCGUCUCGGCGGCGGAGGAGGAAGAGGACCAGGACCACCAUCAACUUAUUCUCCAGAAAGCCAACGCGCUGGCGUCGGAGAACAACCUGAAAGAAGCCAUCGACUGGUUCUCUGCGGCCAUGCGCUACAGCCCCGUGCGGCCCGAGCAGCUCAGCACCUUCGUGGACUGUAUCCUCCGCAACUUCAAGAGGAAAGUGACGGAGGCGGCGGCGGGCCGGGUCCGAGACAGGCGCGGGGCGGACUCCGACGUCCUCUUGUUCGACUGCCCGAACUGCCACGGCUUCCUGGGGGAGCCGCUAACCUUGGCGUGUGGACACUCGUACUGUAAAAGGUGCUUACAGCGGCGGCUGCUCUCGCAAUGUCGGCUGUGCAGCGAGGCUGUGGGCGGCGAGGAGAGGGCUAACGUGGUUCUGUGCGGACUCCUGGAGAAAUGGUUCCCCUCCGAAGCGAGGACGUCAAAGACACUCGGCGACGUGGACGAGCUGUGUCGGAGGAAACACUUCCAGGAGGCCGCCACGUUAGCGAGCGAUGUGAUCCACCGCGAUCCAGAUUCCACAGUGGUGGCGCGGUUGUCUCGAGCGGAAGCAUACAUGGCUCUCAAACAGUAUCGCCUUGCUUUGGAGGACACAGAAUUUUGUCCCGAGUCCAGCUGUUCUGCUGAAGCUCUGUAUAGAAAAGCUAUGGUGCUGCAUGAGAUGGGCCAAGUGGACGAGUCUCUCCAAGUCUUCCUCCACUGCCUGUCUGUGGACGAGGACUUCCCCUGUGCUAAAAGACAAGUGGAAAAGAUCUUGUGUGACCUUCUCUCCCCCGCUGAUGAGAACGUCAAGGUUGGUCUAAGGGAAACCGCGCACAACACAUCGCCUCAUCUGCGCAGUAAAACCCUCAUGUCUGAUGCUCAAGCUCAGCCACAGAGCCCAGUCCAAAGACGAGACCAGGUCCGCGCUGCCUCUGCACAUCUGGACCACCAUGAGGACAACCAGGAGAAACGCUGGGAAAGUCUGGAGCGGCCCAACCUGAGCAGAGCUCACUCACUUCGAGUGCACGGCUCCAGCUGUGGGGAAGAGGGUCUGAAGAGAGUUUGUUCCGCCCCUCAGCUUGGGGACCAGGAGAAGGGGAGCCUGCUGAAGAGGAAGUUGUCAGUGUCGGACACAGAACCUCAUUUUGUGGACAGUGGAAGUAGCAAGCAUAAAAAACAAGGGGUUGUGAAAGUUUCCAAACAACGUUCUGCCAAAUCUAAAACCUGGAGAACUGUUCCCAAGGAUCUGCUGGACCCUGUUGACUUAGAGUGUUCUCUCUGCAUGAGGUUGUUUUAUGAGCCUGUGACGACGCCCUGUGGCCACACCUUCUGUAAAGACUGUCUUGAACGCUGCUUGGACCACACACCUCAGUGUCCUCUCUGUAAAGAGAGUUUGAAAGAGUAUCUAGCAUGUAGGAAGUACAUGGUGACGACAGUCUUGGACAAGUUGAUCAAACAGUAUUUGAGUCAGGAGUAUGCAGAGAGAACCAAGACUCAUCUGGAGGAGACCAGAGAGCUUUCUGACCUGACCAAGAAUGUGCCUAUCUUUGUGUGCACCAUGGCGUACCCCACCGUGCCUUGUCCCCUGCAUGUCUUCGAGCCACGUUACCGCCUCAUGAUUCGCCGCUGCAUGGAAACGGGCACGCGGCAGUUCGGGAUGUGUAUUAAUGAUCCCCAGAAAGGAUUUGUAGAUUAUGGAUGCAUGCUGAUCAUCAGGAGCGUCCAUUUCCUGCCUGACGGGCGAUCAGUAGUAGAUACCAUCGGAGGAAAGCGCUUCCGUGUCCUGUCCCGAGGAAUGAAGGAUGGUUACAGCACAGCGGACAUUGAACACUUGGAAGAUACAAGGGUGCAGGACAGUGAGGUGCUUGGGAAACUUGUAGAUCUGCAUGAUGCAGUGUAUGAGCAGGCCCGCGUCUGGUUUCAGAACCUCAAGAUCCACUUCCACAACCAGAUCCUGCAGCACUUUGGACCCAUGCCCGAACGAGAAGCCGAUAUCCAGGCAACUCCCAACGGUCCGGCUUGCUGCUGGUGGCUGCUGGCCGUCCUGCCCAUCGACCCGCGAUACCAACUCUCUGUCCUCUCCAUGACGAGCCUCAAAGAGCGCCUGGUGAAGAUCCAGCACAUCCUGACAUAUCUACAGAGCAUCCCCAACAACUAGAGCUUCCUCCUCUCGCCACCAGUAAAACAUCCAUUGGACUAUUUAACAACCUUUAAGCAAUCUUGUGUCAGCACUUCACCGACAGCUUCCGCAGCUCAUCUGAUCCCUCAAAACUUUUAUUUCUGCAGCUAUAACCCCCCCAUUUUACUCUUGUUUGUAUUAAUCUCACACAAGAUUAAGAGCAAAACUGAAGCAUCCUUGAACUGUGGAUCAUUGAAAUCAGAGAAAUGACCAAACUACCUCAGGGACACUUUGAAAGGUCUGCAAUUGUCAAAAAUAAGUUAAAACUUACAAGAAACCAACUUAUCUACUGAAAAAUCAGUUACUACUCCACUCAGUUAAUAUUUGAAGUAGUUUAUGAGAGUGUAGCUCCAUUAGGGAAUUCACUGAGGUUGUUUCUUCUCUGGUGAGAACAGUGUAAAGGAAGUUUCUUUUAAGUUCAUAUGGAGAAGGGAUGAGCUGAAUCUGUGGAACAAAAUCAUAAAUGCUGGAAGUCCAAAAAGUGAUAGCGAGUUAGGAGGAACCAGUGAGAACUUGCACAACACAAAGUCAACCUACAGGCUGGUGUAUUUGUCCCAACACAAGAUAAAAGUAUUAUACAUAAUCUUCAGAGCAUCAAGUUUUCUUCUUUAUUCACAUCUUUCACAUUCAUCCACUGCUGCCUUUACGAAUUGGCUUGGGACCUUUCUGUUGAAAGAACGACACUCUGUGUUUCUUCCAUCGUUUUUCCAAUUUGAGUUUCUUCCAAGGUAUCAUGGUGACAUUGGCCAUUUUGCGCCUCCUUCCCUGAUGUGAUUUCUGGACGGACAGUCACGAUCCUGAAAUCUCAUCUUGGUGCUUUUUUUUUUCUUCUCACAGCUAACUUGAAGACAGAAGCUCUUUCUUCCAAUUGAUGUGUGUGUCAUGGAGCUUAGAAAGAUCCUGUUGGAGUGUGAGAGUUUGCAAUGAAAGUUUAAUAGAGUUUAGUCGUUCUGUUGUGUAUAAUUUGUCUCCUCUCAAAAUUACAAAGAUUAUUUUCCCUUUGAAUUAACUUAUAAGUUGAGAUGCAUCUAGACCAUGUGUUUUUAUGAGAAGUUCUAUAACAAAUCAACUAUAAAAUAAGACAAAAACCACAUGUAGACCACCAAUAGUUUGACUUUACUCUUCAUUCAAAGCUGCUCUGUCUGCCCGGAGGAGAAAGCCUGCAGUAAUGCAGUCGGGGGGGACUGUGUUUGCCUUAAAACAUUCUGCAUUGUGUGCAUUGGCUUGGUUACCAUUCCUUUUUGCCAUAGUAUGUUUAAAUUGUAUUUCAUUUCCCCCCCUCUCCUUGAGUUUGAGGCAGUAUGUGUUCACAAUGUGUA